UCAGAGCGUUCAGAAAACGGAAACUUGCCUAUCUCAUUUCUAACCCCAGUGACAUCUAACUACUCGACACCCCGCUAACAGAACCCCCGCCCCCAGUACCGGCGGCUGCGACGGGGCGGGGGCGGAGCCUCAUCGCUUAGGCCCCGCCCAUGGGGAGGGCCUGACACCGCCCCAACGUCCGCGCAGCACCGUCCGGGCUGACGCCAAGAUGGCGGCUCCCUCAUUGCUGGGCUGCGGCCGGGCGGCGACCCGCAAGGUGUUGCGGCUGGAGGCCUCGGGGUUGCGAGGGGCGGUCCCCUCCGCGGCGCUCUGCACUAGGCCGGCGGGCUCCGGGACGCCGCCAACGAUUUCUACAGAUGCUGUUUGGCUGUGUCAGUCUGUGCAGGGAGUCAGGCUUCUUUCAAAGGUGGCUGCCCAUCCUCCUACUUCCCCUUGCCCUCCCUCCCCACACCUACCAUCCGGCAGAGAGAAAUGUAGUGGCACCACAGGGAAGCACCAAGCUACUAGCCAUCAAGGCACCAGUUGAAUUUCCUAAAAUGUUGUCUUCUAGCUCUCUCUUAGCAUCUGCAAACAAAGGUGAGAGCAUAUCUAGUACUAACCUCGAGGAAGCUUCAAAACCUGCUGAAGACAUGAGGACCUUCAUGUCAAGAAAAACUGUGGUUGCAUUUCCUCAGCGCGUAGUUGUUUCUUCCCUUGAGGAAGAAAACCUCAUUACAGCUGCAACAGAAGGAGACUUGAGGAAAGAGUUAGUUGAGGAAGAAACUUCGUCUUCAUCCAGCUCAGAUUCAGAUUCUAGCUCAGAUUCUGAGGAAGAAAAUGAUGAUUCAGAAGUUGCCAUUAAAACCAAAGUUGAGUUUCCUAGACGAGAUUCCAUCUUUUCUGAAAACAUAGCGGUAAAGGCAUCAAUUCUAGCAAGAGAGAACUUGUCCCAGAAAUCCCACAAAGAAUAUGUAGCUAAGAAGUCACACAAAACAGAAACUAAUGUGUCUCCUAUCAAGCACAUUGCAUUUUCUAAAACAUCGGUCAACCAUGAAACAUCAAAAUCCAAAGCAAGGGACCCCAAAGUAAAAUCAACUCCAAAAGAAGCAGAUCGGCAGAAGCUGGUCGUAGAACCACACAUGGUUGAAAGCCAAGACCUGACCAAUGUUGCUCAUAAAUCUGAUUAUUUAGAGGAAAAGUCCAUUGGAACCCAAGUAGCAGCUAUUCAGCUGAAAGCUUCAUCAGUGACUCGGGAAGACAAAAAGCAAAAACUGGUAUCCAGAGGAGAAGGAAAAAAGGUGAAGGAAGCACAGGAGUCAGAAGCAAAAGUAGUAACUGCUUCUAAACUAGAAGAGAUUUCUGAAAGCACAGUGAUGGCGAUGGGCACUACAGCAAAGGAGGAGACCAUUCAGGAAGCAGGAGUCCAGACUGGAGAAAGAAGCACAACAGAGGAGCCCACAGCAGCUGCUGAGCCUGCUCCAGAAGAAUUCGAUAAUUCUACCUACAAGAACCUUCAGCAUCACGAAUAUAACAUUUAUACUUUUGUUGAUUCUGUGGUGGUUCUCUCAAAAUUCAGGCAGCCUCAACCAUCUUCUGGAAGACCAUCACCAAGGCACUGAAAGAACCGCAUUUAAAACAAAUGCCCAGGCAGAAUGAUAAAUUGUUCUAUUUAGCACUAUUGCUUCAUCAGUAUUAUAAAUCAGGUAAUAAAUAAUAAAUAAAUGCGUGAUAACUUAUGCUUGUGCUUUUGAACAGUUCUUGGGUCUUAGAGUCCCUCACUUCUUGACUUCUAUGAAUGAGCUGCAAAUGAAUCAUCACUGAAUAAAAAUAGCUUUUCUGCCUUUCAGUAUAUAUUAUUUAGUGAUAGUGUAAAAAAAAUCCUGACUUUUCAGUGUCUCCAAACUUUAAUACUGACCAUUCUUUCAGUACCAUGUCAAAGAAUGUAAUGGCCCUUGUGCCAAUGUCUGCUCAGUAUGUGCCAUGAUUUUAGUAGGUGGUGUUAUUGCUGUAAUGCAGUGAGCUCUUCUUGCACACAAACAUGUUCCCAGCUCUGAAGAGGUGGUUUACUCUGGAUUUAAGUUAAAAUCAUUGGCUGCAGACAGCAUAAGAAGUAUUUGUCUCCUGUGGCAAGAUGUAUGUUUUGUGUUAGUAGAGGAAUGUAAGUUUAUGUAAUGUGAUUGAAACAUCUCAAAACCUCUGCUGUUGUAAAGGGAGAACAUGCAACUUCGUUUAAUCUUCUAUUGGGGGUUCUAGCAUCCAGGUUCUGCAGUAAUUAAAAUAAUUUAAAAUGCAAGAGAAUCCCAGUGGGCAGUUCCUAAUGAACUAUAGUACAUUGAUUAGACUCUGAGAAAUAACAUAUUUUGAUGGGUAGAAUCACUUGAAUGUUAUUUUUAAAUGUGAUGAAAUUAGCAUUAUGGUAAAAUCGGCUCCUGGUACUAAUGUUUCAGUGGGACUACAUUUCAGUUCCCACUUUUUUUUUCCACCACAAUAAAGGUUAAGAUUGCUGUCCA